AUGAUUGGCCACACCAUUGAGAAAUGCUUCAAGAAGCAUGGUUACCCCCCUGGCUGGGUUGCAGGUUAUAAAUCAAAGAACAGACAGCAGCAAGAUAGACAGAGUGCUUCCAUAAAUCAAGUUGGGGACAUAGGGAUCUCUGCAGAUCAACUUCAAAGACUAAUGACCUUCAUACAAAAUCAGAAUCAGUGCAAUCAACCAUCAACAAGUGCUGCUGUCACAGUGAGCAAAAAUAAGAUGAAAUCAGAAUUCAAAAACAGUGCAACUGAUCAUAUUACCUGCUCACUAGAAUAUUUUGAAAACUAUCAUAAAGUUCAUGGAAUAAGUGUAAAAUUGCCUAAUGGGGAGACAAUGAGUGUCACACACAUAGGGGAAAUCAGACUUCACUUGAAUUUGUUGUUGACAAAUGUGUUAUGGCCUUCAUGGGAUAGUGUGGAUGGUUUUGCUAAGGAGAGCAAUGGUUUGUACCUAAUCACUGACCCUCCUGCUAGAAGAAAGAAUGAUCAAACUGAUGGAAUUGCUGAGUGUAAUAGUCUAUCCUUAGAAUUGUGGCACCAUAGACUAGGACAUUAUCCUGUGAAUAAGAUACAUUUGUUGAAUGGAAUAAAGCCUACACAUUCUUGUAAAUUCUCUGAUUUUGCUUGUGAUGCAUGCCAUUUUGCUAAGCAUAAAAGACUACCAACUACAAAGAUUGGGGAAAAAACUCCCUUUGAAACAUUAUAUGGCAAGGAUGUAAGCUAUGAUCACCUCAAGAUAUUUGAAUGCUUAUGCUACUGCUCUACCAUUUCUCAAGGAAGGAAUACGAUGCAAACAAGGGCUAGGAAAUGCAUUUUCUUGGGCAUUCCUGCCAAUGUGAAAGGUUACUUACUAUAUGACAUUGCUAACAAGAAUGUAUUUGUUUCCAGGGAUGUUCUGUUUGUUGAGCAAAUAUAUCCUCUCAAAGAGAGCCAGUCAGGAGUCAAUCUAGAAUCAUCUGAAGCUGAAAUAUUCAAUCUAGUUUUGCCCUUAAUUCCUAUUACCACUGAGAUGGCCACUACAUCAUUGGAGGUUACAGAGAGGGUUGACAGUCCUACCAUUACACCAAAUAAUGAUGAUGAUAUGAGCACAAAUAUCAACAUAAACAAUGAGUUGGCUAUUGAAGCAAAUUCUGAACCUAUUGUAGAAGAAAGACUAAGGAAUGUUCCUACCAGGCUGCAUGACUAUUAUUGUCAGUCUAUGUCAACAAACCAGUCUCCAACUAGAACAUCCCCACACUCCAUCAGCAUGGUCAUAUCCUAUGAGAACCUGUCCCCCAAUCAUAGGAUAUGUGCAUCAUCCAUUCUUUCCUCACAAGAACCAUAG